UAUUUAUCUCAGUGCAUGCCUCUUUCACCGUACUCCGGUGCCCUUGUCAGCAAUCGCUUGGUUUGUGCUAGGGAGGAAGCACUGAAACAACAUAAAGAGUUAUCUCAAGAACUAGUCAACCUGCGAGGAGAACUAGUAACAACUUCUGCAGCUUGUGAGAAAUUGGAGAGAGACAGGAAUGAACUGCAAGCUACCUAUGAAGGAUUCCUGCAGAAAUUAAAUGAGCAGCAUCACAGCGAUUUAGCUGAACUGGAGGAGAGGCUCAAGCAGUUUUACACCGCAGAAUGUGAGAAGCUCCAAAGUAUCUGCAUUGAAGAAGCUGAGAAGUACAAAGCGCAGCUCCAGGAGCAGGUGGACAACUUAAAUGUCACACAUGAAAACUUAAAGCUGCAACUUGAAAACAGCCACUCAGAAAAAGUAGAGGAGCUGAAAAAGAAAUAUGAAUCCUCUUUUUCGGAGCUCAAGAAUGCCCAUGAAUCUGAAAGGAAGUUGCUUGAAGAUUCCUUUAAGGAGAAGCAGGAAUUGCUAGAGAAAAAAAUUGAUGAAUUGAAAUGUGAAAACAUCACUUUAAGUGAGAAGCUGAAAUUAGAAGAGCAAAAACAAACAGCCAAAGAAAAAGCCAGUCUUAAAAACCCGCAGAUCAUGUAUCUGGAACAGGAGCUGGAAAGUUUGAAAGCAGUGCUGGAGAUCAAGAAUGAGAAACUCCAUCAGCAAGAUAUAAAGUUAAUGAAGAUGGACAAACUGGUGGAAAACAACACUAUCCUAAUGGAUAAAUUAAAGAAGGUUCAACAGGAAAAUGAAGAAUUAAAAGCUCGGAUGGACAAGCACAUGGAACUUUCAAGGCAACUUUCUACUGAGCAAGCUGUUUUACAGGAGUCCCUAGAGAAAGAAUCGAAAGUCAACAAACGGCUGUCAAUGGAAAAUGAAGAACUUCUGUGGAAGUUGCAUAACGGUGACCUAUGCAGCCCAAGAAAACUGUCUCCCAGUUCUCCAUCUGUGCCUCUUCAGUCCCCACGAAAUUCUGGUAACUUCUCUAGUCCUACAGUCUCACCAAGAUGACAUCUCUUGAAAGAAAGGGGAUUGCAUUUCAUUCGUGGUCUGCAGAACUGAUCAUAACUUUAAUUGCAGGAGCAAGAGCUAUAUUAGCUGAGUAUGACAACUAAACAUAACUGGAAACUUGGUGCAAAAAUGAUGAUAAGAGACUGAGACUAUGGGAGUAAGACUCACGUAGCUUCUCCCAAAAAGACUUGUUUAUGACCUCCAUGGACAGAGUUGCACAAAGCACUUAGAGAGCAAGGAAAGACUUCUUCAUUGCCUUUUCACCUAACCAUAAAGAAAAGCUCAGGGGCUUAGAGAUAAAGAUCACAACCUUUAUAAUAUGUUCCUUAUCACAGACACUUUUUUUAAAGGCUGUUUGUUUGCGUGUGCGCAUGUGUGCUGUGGAUGGAAUGGAUGUAACACACCGUGCGUGUGUCUAAUGCUGCCUUCUUUGCUGUGUAUGUAAUAAAGGAUAAAAGCUGAAGACUACAGAUUGACAUGUACUUCCUUAACAAUGGUGUCAGCGCACGCUUUUAGCCAAGAGUACUCUCACAAAAAUGAUGAGAGACAGCCACUGGUGCAGUAGGUCAGUCUCCUUCAUCUUCCUGUCUUCAGAGGAAAAAAUAGUGUGAAAAGCUUAGUCCAUUGACUCCGUGUCUUGGCCUACCUUUCUAUGCAACUUUGAAUGAAUUUUAAAAGCAAACUGAAUUGUAGCCAUAUCGUGCAUGCACAAGAGCAUCGGUUAUGAAGAGGCUGUUAGUUGCAGUAGAUUUUGUCUUUCAAGUCAACAGACUCAGAAUCUGACCUUGAAGGACACUGAUUCUGAAGUUCUCAGUACAGGGGCAGGGUUAGGUACCCAGACCUAUCACUUUACCUGCUGAAAACGAAUCCUUAAACAGCACGUCCGUUGCUGAGACCAUCAGUUGAAAGAAAAACAAGAUUCGGAAGCCAAAGAGAAAACUGCAAUAAUUAAGUGCUCAAGUUCUCAAUAAGAUUCUUAAGUAAUCUGUGAGUUUCAGUGCACCUGGUGGCAUGUUCACUUUUUAAGUAUUAGCAUUUGUAUUAACAUUUGUUGGAGUUGACUCAGUUCGUGUAUGGAAGACAGGGAAGGUGAUAGCUGUGGGUAAUUGUCUUGCUAAGUCUGCUACACCUUUUCUCUGAGACUGCAGGGUAUCACUGUUUGCCAGUUCAUCUGGCAAAAGAUCCUGUACAGGAAGUGCUGUAGAGUAGGGGAAAAAUUUGUCCUGCCUGCUGAACCUGGGGGUUGAGGGUGUCAGCAUGUCCAGAAAUGUCGUAUGCUGAGUUUCAGCUUCACCAAGGUAAUCACAUAGCCUGGCUACUCCCUCGGUUAGACCUGUUUUAAAAUCUCUACAUCAUAUCUCCUAAACACAGGUUCAAAUCAGUAUUCCAAACUCCAUGCUUACAACACUGGGUUUGGGUUUUUCGAUGCCAUUUCCAGCACCACCAUAAGUUAUGUAACAGUGUAGCUAAUGCUGUCAGCUAGCUCUACAGUUGACUGUUACAAUAAGAUACAACCAUGUUCACCCAUGUUUUCCAGUAGCUUGAGAACAGAAAUUGAGGAGAUGGAAAGUGUUUAGGGAACUGAACUGGAGAACCACUUCAAGCCACGUUACCCAAGACUUCAAUCUUAAUGAUGAAUGUAGAAACAAGACUGGUAACAGUGCUCAUACAAAAGUAAAUGUGUAAUAUAUUAAACUUGUGGUCAAUUCAUGAAACAAAAAUGUUUCAUCAUUCAAUUUACUUAAUCUUACAUUACGUGCAAGUUAAGGGUCCAUUUUACAGACUAUUACACUCUCUUAACCCCCUUUUAAGGCACUGUACUUGCCACUGUUAGUGAUCUCAAUGCUUUUAAUUUUCUGGGGUUUCAAAUUUAAUUAUGAAAAUCCUCUGUGGGCUAAAACUUAAGGUAUAUACUGGAACACUCAUCUGCUAUGGUCAAAGAGAUUUAAUCACAUGUAUUUGAACUGAAUGCUUAAAAAAUAAAUUUUUGUACUAAUUGAAAGGUUUU